AUGGACAUAUUGAAAAUAACGCUUAAUUUUUUUAAAAUGUGCGGACUCGCGACGAUGCGAUUCGAUGCUGGUACAACUCAAAAUACAAGUGUUCAAAGUUCCUGGUGCACCAGUUCCAAGAAAGGCCAAGUAUACAAUUUGUUUUUAAUUUGUUUAAUAACAGCGAGCAAUGGCUACGUCGCUACAAUUGUCUACGAAUAUAACAUCAGCACCCAGGAGUUUGACAAGAGUUUCGAUGUUGCUCAAUAUAUCUACACUAGCGCUACAACAGUCGCGAUUCUAAUGUUGUAUUGUUUCUGUCAAGGACGUGCCGUGUCGAUAGUUAACAAUUUGAAAAUCAUGCACAAGCUCGUCACAAAUGUAAACAGUCGUUUGAGCAAAGAAGAGGAACCUACUAUGGGUGGCUUGAAAAGAAUCGCCAUCAUGACUACGGUAAUAUGGUUUGUAGUAGUCUUUACAUCCUGCAACUUAUCCUUCGGUGUAGUGAUGUACUACUUGACUCUGUAUCCAUGUAUUCUGAUUAUCAACUGUACUUUUCUGCAAUACACCAUGAUCUUACACUUGUUAAAGCAGCUUUUCGCAAUUCUCAAUGCAAACUUUCGUUAUGUGUCAAGGCAAUCCAUUGUUCCGAAAAUAGCUGUGGCAGCUACGAACUCGAUGCUUCAGAUUUCCACGAAAAAAACUCAACCGUUCUCGGAUCUAUGUGAAUUGUACACUUCGUUGUGCGAUUUGUCGAUGGAUAUCUCUAAAUUCUACCAUCUGGCGAUGUUAUUUUGCGUAUCGCACGUUUUUAUCACGUUAACAACGUGGUUGUAUUACAUUACUAAACCUCUUGUGACGGGAGCCAUAGAACUGUCUAUCAUUGACUAUACCCACAGUUUAUUGAUUUUGAUGCAUAAUUUUUUUAUGCUUUUUAUAUUAACGAAAAGUGUCGAUGCUGUCGUUGAUGAGAAAACAGGAAAAAUAACCAAUAGGUGGUUAGCCAAUUUACAAGAUCAACACUUAGUAAAUGAGCUAAACCUUUUUUCGAAUUAUUUACUCCACAAGAAUGUAAGUUUCACCGUCUAUGGGCUGUUUUCGUUAAAUGAAACUCUUUUGAUGUCUAUUACAGGUUCAAUAACUACAUACUUAGUUAUAAUUUUGCAAUUCCAAUCCGGUGUUCAGAAGUGA